CACCUGACGACGUGAUUGACAGCAGGCACGUUAGCUAGCUAUCAUAUACCAUAUUCUUAGACUUACCGUUGGUUAACUAUGUGGUUAGCUGGUGUUUAAGUCCUGAAAGUUCUUUAAAACUAUUUUUUACUACAUUGUAUUUAUGAAUUGAUACAUUUAUAUUACAACAAAACAAACAAACUUGUUGCCUCUUUUAGCUUUCCAGCUAGCUAGCAAGCAGAGUUUACUUGAUAUGAGUGUUUUGAGCUGCUACCCACUGAGCAACAGACGGCUAUUAGACGUCUAGCUUUUUUUAGACUUAAUUUCAACCGUCAAGAUUCUGUGUAUUUUUUGACAGAAAUUAGACGUUGCACUUUAACCCAUUAUUUUAUAACUAUUUAUUUCAAAAAGCAACUGUGAGCUGCAUAACUGAUCUCCAAGUACUUAACCAAAAUAAUUAUGAUAGCCGUUUAGCAAUAUACAGUGUAGUAUAGAUAUAGCCCAGGUUUAGAUUUAGUCUAAACUUGGUCUAAAUUUAGACGUUAAAAAACUUUCAUUUUUGGACCUGUGUUAGCCUGAUUUUAGACCAGUCGUCUAGGCUACAUUUAGACGUCUAUUUUACCUAUAUUAUACCAAAAAAUGCUCAGUGGGUGGGUAAUGUCAACAGGAAUUAUCAACAAAUCUUAAUUUAAAAAAAAAAACACAAGGGUCUUUAUUUUUGAAAACGUAAUUUGUUAAAUUGUUUUGGCUUUCCUCAAAGUAAUAGCACCUUUUACAGGAAAGCCUCGGGGCUUGUGAGACAAAAGCUAAGGUAGGAACUUUUUGUUCAUCUAUGUAUCUCUAUGUAUUUAAUUAUCUGCAAUAUCUGCAACUUUCACUUGCAGCAGUUUUUAGCCACUGUGCAGGGGUUUCACAGUGGCUAAAAAAACAACUUUUUAACCUUAAAUUGUGAAAAAACUGUUUCCAUGUGUUUUUCUAAAAGGCAAAAACCGCAUAAUGAUUUCACUGUUGAUCAGAAGGAAAUACAGAAAGUAAAUGAGUUCAAAUCUCUAGGUGUUGUCUUUGAUUAACAGCUAAAAUUUGAAGGACAAAUCAAGACUAAUCUGAACUGCUUUCGACUUAUAACACCUUGUCUGCCCAGUUGCACUCCAUGAUUCUUUCUCACUUCUAUAUUGCCUAAGUGUCUGGAGCCAGGCCACUCAAUCUGUAACGAAGCCUGUCACUAUACAAACAAACCUUAAAAACACUCAAUCAAAAGCCAGUGAAAUGGCACCAUUGCAUAGUUUUACACAAGUACAACUUGUUGAGCUUCGACAAUUUCAUAAAUCUCUCAUUUCUUAAACUGGUUUUUAAGUGUGUGAAUGGCUUUGCCCCAGACUUAGUUAAUGAAAUGAUUGAAAAGUACUCAUAUAAAGGAGCUUCUACAAGAGGAGCAGUCAGUGGAUACUGUGAACCCACAAAGCGCAGGACAGCUUUUGGCCAGUCUUCCUUCUCAGUCAAAGGUCCACAGAUUUGGAAUAUAUUACCAUCAGAAAUAAAAACAUUAAAGGACCCCAAAGCUUUCAAUAUCAAAACAAAACUAUGGCUGAAACAAAGACAAAUUUGUGAACUCUAACUUACAUAUAUGUAUAUUAUGGCAUGUAUGUGUGUCUAUGUGUAUGUAUGUAUAUAUAUAUAUCUAUGUGUGUGCAUGUUUUUUUAUUAUUGUGUGUCUGCACCUGCUAUAAUGUUAGUUUUUAUUUAGUGGUUUAUGUAUUAUGUGCUGUAUUCCCUGCUGUCUAACAAGAGACAACGACUGUAAAUUAGCAACAGCUAGAAGUCCUGCAUACACGGCAUUGGUUGCUCUUUAAUUAGAUGCAACAAUGCUUGGUGUUCUGUCCCUGUCAAAUAAGCGAAUGAAAAAUAAAAGCUGUGGUUUUAAGUGGGCUAUAGUUUGUAGCCUUAAGAUAUAAUGCUUUCUGAUGUUCCCCAUUCCUGGACAAUGCAUGUUGGCUCUUGAAACUUUUUUGUUAACGUAGCUUCAUCAUGUGUAACAAGAUGGAUGCCCGUCUGGAAACACAUUAACAAAAAAUAACUGGGUCAGACAUCCUGUAGUAGAUCAAUACACGUGUGUCCAUGUUUAAAGGACACACAGAUGAGUUAGGUGAGCUAUGGUUGUGUGACAGAAGUGAGUCAGCAUGUGCAAUACCAUGAGUCUGAAACUUUGGAGGGGGUUGGGGUCAAACAUUUAUGCAGCAAUAAUUUUAUCAUUAAUACCUGUACUUAUUGUUUGUACUGUUGAGUUGUGAGAGACAAUCCCUCCAGUCUGAACAAUGUAUGCCUUCAACUUCCAGGUGUGGGGUGUCCGGCGCAUGCUGCUGCAUUUUUACGAUCAUGUUUCAUCCACUCAUCGGAUGCAGAAUGGGUGAGUUCAUCCUUUACAUACAUCUGUUGACAAAUGAAAACAAAACCCUUGUUUAGUCAAUUUUCUGACGCAUUAGGCGCCACGUGUAAGGCUGAGAACUCCCCAAAACACAAACAGCAGGCAUUUUUCCACCAAACACAAUCAUAAAUCUAAAGUAACGUGCUCUGAAAAUUAGCAGUCAGUGAAUAUAACUCUGCUUAAUUGAAAAGGCCCGGUGUAUUUUUGCAAAAACAUUUAAAUCAGGUGCGUGGUUGUAUGGAAAAUAACUUGUCGGCCCAUUUUCCACAAAAAUAACUGGAACUAAGGUGACAUAUAGUGUUUGUUGAUGUUAUCGUUGCAGGGUAAAUCAGGCCUGUUUAGUCAAAAAACACUGCUUCCAUCAAUUAUUACAAAGUGGAACUUUUUCCCCAGCUAACAUUCCCUUCCUUUUGCAAUGAGGGGAAAAAAAACAGUAAGCAAAGAUAUUUCCUGUUCCGUACAUGCAAAUAUGAAGGUUCACAUUGUGCUGUGCUGUGAUGAGAAAAAAAAAUUGAAUUUUCUGCCGGGAUUUCCAGAAAGAUGAGUAUCUUAACACACCCUGAUUGAAAUCAAUCAGCUGUGAGCAUGCACUUGCAGUAGUUUCAGUGUGAGACUGUUAGCACACCUCUAUUUUUUAAUUCUCUUGUGUUAUGUGAUAGUGAAAGAUGGAGUAAUACAACUUCAUGUGAAGUCAAGCUUUAAACUUGCUCAGAAAAAACUCAAAUCAAAAACUCAGUCGUCGGUCAGCCUCAGUGCUGUUUUUACAAUCGUGGAUCCCUUUAUUUUGUAGCAUGUUUUUGUAACUAACACUGAAUGAAACCGUUUUUCAUGAAUGAGCACUUUUAACACUCAGACAGAAUAUCAUUCUUAAAAUCUAUUUAUGUUUUCAAUCUACUGUGGUGUGCUCUCAGGGAUAUAUUAAAACUAUAGCUUUCACAUGUCAGAUAAAAAAGGCUUCCAGGAGUCAACAUGUUGGAUAUAGAAAACUAAGUUAAAAGUCAAGAGAUAUUCAGAGAGAGAGGGCAUGAAUUACUGCAGUCAGGAGGCUGAACGCUCUUGAAAUCCUUUUACAAAAUCUACUUGACAGGGAGGGGGCAGGAACCGCAAGGGGCCGCAUUUGAAGGGCUUUUUACAAGUGCUGAGAUGGCUCAGCUAGCUGAGGUGCACACCAGACAAAAUGAUACAGUUUAAAGUAAAGAGCCUCACCAUCCUCUUCAGGGCACCAUUAAGUCAGAGCAAUGUGUCUGUAAAAAUCUAAAUCACCAUGAAGCAGACAUUUUAGCCAUAAAUCAAACCAAGAAUCUUGAAACGACCAAGUAAUCAUAAAAAUGUCACACUUUAAUUGGAAACACGUUCUAUUUAUAACUAUAUGCUUUUUAAUAAACGCUGCUAAACUUUAGAAAUAGUCUUCUCUUGAAUUCAGAUCCCAGUUUCCUUUCAGUCAAUGGGAGUUAUUGUAAAAACAGAACGACAUUUAUCUUUAAGUUUGGAAAUAGCACAAACAAACACAGUUCAAGAAUUAAAACUGAUUUUUAACAUUUGAACUCCAAAGAUGAGGCCUUCUGAGUAUGACUAUGUUUGUUUGACUAUAGAUAAUAUGCUUCCACAUGCCUGGUAAUCAUGAUUUCUACCAUCAUUUAAUAGAAGUUUCUCCAAUUACGUGCUUUCUUGUUAGCAGACGAUGGCACCAAAUUACUGGCGAUUAAAGCUCCUGUGAGGAACAUUCAGUUUGUGGAAGUUUUGGCGCCCUCUGUGGACAAAAUGGUACUUCUUAGCUCUGUUGUUUUGUCCUCAGAAUAUUGAAUGGGUGCUUUAUUUGGAGAAAAUCUCAUUGUGCUGUCACUCCACUGUCACACUAAUCUGUGAAAAAUCAGUGAAAACUGUUAAAAAAAAAAAAAAAAGGCUGUCUCCUCUUGGUCUGACACCUGUGCCCCUGCAGUGAUUCCAAAUAGGCUGCAUAAUAUACCUCAAAUUAAUCAAUGUUCCAGUGUCAACAUUUGGAAUAAACCUUUUGCAAAAAUAUUCAUUUAUGUUGGAAAAUUAUGAAUAUAUAUAAUCAGUAUUUUCUACCCUAAGUAAUGUUGAUUUACCUGAUAUCAACAUGGGUAUCAUGCUUCUGUACAGUUGUGAUGCAGUCAAAUGAAGCUGUAACCACCUCAGAUGAAUUUGUGAUGGAAAAACUAUUUUUUUAAUGCAACUUGGAUUCAGGCGAAAAGUUGCAAAAACAGGCAAUGUGUGCAACAUGAAGAGCAGCAGAUACCUAUUAACUAUUAAUAAUGACAGUUCAGAUGCAGUUCAGCUAGUAGUAGUUUUGAUUAUAAUAAGAAAUAUUGUAGUAGAAAUAACUAAUCCUGUCCAUGAUGGUCUAUUUUUCUUUUGUGGUUUCCUGAAAAGUAUCAGGAUUAAUUCCAGUCUUAUUCAGAACCAGUUAAAAACUUCUCACCUGAGCUUUAAGUGUUAGAUUGAUAAGCCUUCAGGAAGUUCUUAACAGCAAAGUGGAUUAUCCCCCUUACUACCAUCACAACAAAACAUGAAUAUCAAAACAGCUGAAAGGAAAUACACAAACAUAUCAUCCGAUGGUGUUGAUUCAGGUUCUUGUUAUCACACUUCUAACUUCCUGUAUAAACUUGGUUGCAGAAAUGAUGCUAUACCACGUAACUUUUUACCAACACUGGUCAAACUGGACAGUAGGGCCCGACCGAUUUAUCGGUGAGCUGAUUAAAUUGGCCAGUUUUCGCCCGUUUGAGACUAAUCUGUAAUCGGCCAAAACUCGCCGAUUGUCGCCAAUAUUUUCAGAAAUAAAAUGCGAAGAAUAAGAUUCGGUUUCACUUCGAAAUGUUCCGCCAUUUGAAAAGUUCACGACUUAUCCUGUAGAUGGCGCAGUGACCUCAUGACAAUCUUCAUCCAUUAACUACCUCACAGCACAGCAGAGUGACGGAUCUGAAGCAGGCAGCUCAGGGACGCACAGAGGAGAGUGGUCCGCCUCAACGGUAAAUAAACCAGUUUGUGAAUUACACAAUAAGUCAACAAGUUUCAGUUCAACCCACUUCACAAUGUUCCCCGCUGUGCUGGUCUCUGUCACGCCGAGUUAACGGUGAAGCACCAUGUAAUAUGCAAGCUAAAGUUAGAGUUAGCCAUCUGCUAUUAGCCUUGCUACACUGUUAGCUGUGCCAGUAGCGGUAGAAUAAACAACAGUACACAUUAGUGAUGGAGCUACUUCUCUUACUGAGGCAGCUGCAUGUCUCCAGAUGAGACCAGACCUACAGUAUAUAGUAUACUGUAGAUAUCUAAAAAUCAGCCGAUUAAUCGCUAAUCAGAUUUUUUUCCCCCGUUGGCCCCAAAAAAUCCAUAUCGGUUGGGCCCUACUGGACAGGUGUUGUUUUCUAAGAAUACGGUUUAAAAAUAUUCUCACAUGGGAUCCUGAUGUUUAAUCAACGAUAGCGGGCGCCAUUCCUCAUGAACACUUUAUCUGGACGAGCAGAUUUGUUCCUUCAACAGUCAAUAAACCUCCAAGUACAAAUGAGAUCUCUCAGCUGUUUGUGUACGUUGAAGAAUGACUGACAGCAAGAGGGGAGCUAAUUCAUUUCCUUGACCAUCUGCUAAGUCACCACUGAAAUGAAAAACUCGGCAGCUCUUUCCCAAAACAUCUGCAGACAAACAUCUGUUAGUCCACUGUACUUUUCAAUGCUUCCAAAAUUUAGAUGCGGGGAAAGACGCAGGAUGGCUAAAGCAUUCGUUUAUGUCAUUACAUCAGAUUUAAUGGGCAGCAAAUAGCUUAGCUGAGUGUCACACAAGUUAAGAUUUCUUUAACAACGUCAAACUAUGAUUAAAUUUGAGCCUCUGUAGUGGAAAAAGGAUGUACAAAGAGGCACCAGAGUCCCUUGUGUUGAGCGCCCAGAGUGUAUCCAAUGGCUUUGAACCCUACAUGACAUGUUAGAGAGAACUCACAUAGGAAUAGAAAGCCAUAAGACACAGCUGUGGUUAGACUUAGAAGAUAAUAACACAAAAUCCGUACCGAAAGCAGUUGGAGAAAUCAUGCAGUUAGGGCUGAAAGCUUGACAACAAAGAGGAAACAACAGGGGCAGGUAGCAGGGAGCAUUCAGGAUUUCAAACUCACAUCCGCAUGAAUAAUUAAGCAAAGAAACUGCAAGCAUUCAUCUGAGGCCGGGGGGAAUAAAGUGAAACUGUCUUGCGAGACUUUCGACAGAAAGAAUGAUAUUUUUCACAGCACAAACUCAAAUAAAUUGACCCCUACACGACUCAUGAAUCAUACAGUGAUAUUCUUCAAGCCACUCGGUUCCUCAUGGGGGGUUUACGGUGUAAUCUUUGAUUAAAAAUGCAGUUUCAAAUCAAAGUCUACAGGGAAGAGGUGCAACAUUAAUCAAAAGGAUUUUGUCUCUGAAUUCAAAACAGAUUACGUAAAGUCUUUCUAUAUUCUGUAGCGGCCCUCUGCUUGACUUCUUCAAGCACAAAGGAGAUCAUUACCUCAGCAUUUUAAUUCAACCACCAGGCACAGAGGGCUUAGCAGUUUUUCAUAACGACCAAACAGAUUUUUGCAGACACAAAGCUUUAGCGUUGCCAUGCAUUUCUGUCUUUAAUCAAAGCCACCGUGCUGAUGAGUCGAGCGUUAUUUAUGCUCAGAAGCACGAAUAGUAUGCGUGAUUAUUUUUCUCUGUAUGCUUCAAGUUUAAAGACAUGUAAUUGCUAUAAGGUUUUUAUCAUGCUUCUAAACUCGUACUGUACUUUAGUCAACUGUGGGAAUCUUUCAACUUCGACUUGACUUCACUAAACUGUAUUUAAAAAGUGCUUUGGACUAUUUUCAACCUCUCACAGAGAAGAGACGGAGCACUCCAGCUCUGUAGGCCAAAUCUGCUCACACAGAUGUCUGCUCAGAAAAACAGUAGCCUUUAUAAAAACAUGAAAAAAUCCAGUGGAAAGGGAGGAAACGGCUACUAUAGUAGACAGAGGAGGCAUUUGUUGACAUUGUAUCAAGUGCAAUGCUGAGGUAUUUGAGGCACAGAGGGGCCAGGUAUUUGUCAGUCACUGUUUCUUGUGCUUUUGCUGUCUCCAACUCAAACAACAAAAGCCCCAUUGAGACAGCCUCAUUUUUUUUCCCCCCUCUGAAAAAGCACACAAAGCUUCCUGUACUAGGCUGCAACUGUCCACCAUGGGAGAAUCACUUUUUAGCUGUCUUUUCAACCCACCUGUUUCCAGCUUUUUUCAGUCGUAGAAAAGAGUCAAAACCUUUAUUUUUUAUUUUUUGCUUUAAAAAUCCAAAGAUGUCAAACUCUGACUCUGUUAACUCUGUAUUCGAGAUAGAAACACAGCUGGAUUUUUACUCCUCAGCCUCCCCAGUCAUGAAACUGUUUACACACUGAGAUUGAUCUCCUCUUGGCCUUUACAUAUGCUGCAAAUUCACCUGACCUCUGGCAGAGAAUCUCACCCACUGAUCGAGGAGGGGAAAGUGUUUACUCAAUCAGCAUUUCCCAGGUUUGAAAAAAAAAAAGACCACUGCCACAGGGCUCCUGGGAGCCGGGGCUCAUGCAUGUCUCAGCAUAAAUUAGUAAAAGAAAAAAGAAAGCUCCUGUGUCGGACUGCCCAGACAAGAAGGUGAAUCUCAGCCACAGGGCCACAUCAGCUUUAACAGCUCCUCUACUGGGAGCCAAUUUAAAGCAUCAACAUGAGCCGUUUGUUUCUAAAAGCUUGAGAUUUCUCCGAUUAAUAUCCACUUUAAUGCGAAUUUUCUCCUAUUAGUAAUCGAGACAAAACUAUAAAGAUUCAGCAUCAAAUGUGACAUAUAAACGGGGAUUUUGGAUGCAGAGAUGAAGAUUAAGAUCAAGUAGUGGCUUCUGAUUUCUAAUGGUAUGUAAGGCUCCAAUUUCAGUGAAUGAAACACACACCUUUUUAAAGACUAGACAACCAAAACACCACAUACAGCACAUGAAAGCCCCCAGAGCAUCAGUGAAGCCUGCUCUCUGUCAUUCCCAAUGAAAACAAACAGCAAUUUUUCAACAGCAGCCCCCCACCCACACUUCUGAAAGUAACAGUGACGUGCAUUUAGUGCCGGUCACAUUCUCCCACUAUAAAUCUGACUCUUACCUCCGUCUCCCUCUCUUGCUUCCCUGGCUGGAUCGAGUAUGGCAUCCCCUCAGCCUGAUACUGUAUGGAGAGACAAUGGGCAGAGUGUUGGGGGGGAGGAGGAGUUACUAUGUGAGCAGGAGAGAGAGUGAAAGUGGAGGGAGUAAAAGCAGAAUGAAAACUGAAAGAGGGAGAGAGAGAGAGUUAGGAGGGAGAAAGAGAAGCUCAGUGGGGAGAUCACUCUCUCACAAUAUUCUCAAACCUCGAAUCUGACGAAACGUUACAUGAAUGACAAUUCCUGAACGCCCCCUAUCCCCCCCCUCCCCUCCUUCCUCUUUGCGAUGUCAGAGAAAACAGCAAGCAGAGAAAUCUCUCUUCACGUGGGGAGUGUAAGGGAAAAACAAGAGACUGUGAGAGAAUGGGUCCUGGUUUUUCAAACAAGUCCCUUUUCUUUGGCUUUCUUUGAAUGAGUUCUUAAGAUUCCAAGUUGGCAGAGUGCCCAUGGGUCCUGGAUGGAAAAGGAUAAAAGAAGGGGCUGAGGUAGGGGGGCUGACUAUUGUGUUUGUUCCCUUCCUUUUAGUCCUGGCACUCUAGUUGAUCUUUGCAGCCAGUUGCUGAAUAUUCCACUCACUUAUUCCCCCAUUGUAAACACAAGCCAAGAUCUCGAAUUCAUCUUCUGUCUGGACUGAUUCUUAUUUCAUCACCUUCAGAUUUAUCACUCGAAUCAUCCUGUGUGUAGAUUUUUUUUAAAUUUCACUCAAGGAUAGGACCAAAAAUCACCAAAUGAGCAAUGUCUCAGUCAGUCAGCAGUGAUCUGAAGAUCCUGGAGUCUUUUUCGUCUUUGUUUGGGCCUCUUUUUUCUCUCUCUCUUCUUUGUCCCCUUAACAGUCCAUCACUCGUGAAGGGAGAAUGCUGUUUUGCCUGGUGAAUCUGGGAUGAAGACAGCAGGUGCUGUUGCCCCUUUCUGAGCCACAUUCACUCUCUACUCCCCCCCCCCUCCCCUUCAUCCGUUUCCUCUACUCUCCUCCCUCCUCCUCCUCACUCCCCCCCUGUGUCUCUGAAAGGAGGGGGAGAAUGAGCUACUGUAUAAUGAAGCACAACAAGAGAAAAAAUGCCGUUUUUAAUGGGUGACGUCACAGAAUCCGCCUAAUGAGGGUGACUAUGUAAAGCGUGUAAGGGAUUAACACAACUGUAUUUCUUGUCAGUCACCGCCGCUGCUUGUGCUGCAUCAGUGCCGCAAGAGAAACCCUGUUUUUACUCCCAGUCUACCCCUCCUCCUCCUCCUCCUCCUCCACCUCCUUUCUCACAAGCCCUCUCCUACCCUCUCUCUCUCUCUCUCUCUCUCUCUCUCUCUGUCUUCCUCUUGCUUCCCCUCAAAUAAACACACAGGCUUGCUUCAUUACUAUUCACCAGGUUUCACCGAGACACGCAUCAUUGCUCGGCUCCCUACAACUGUGUCGAGAGGAGGCAGGGAGGGGGAGAAGAGAAGGAGGAGAGGGAGAAGGAUAAGAAGAGGGGGGAAAAAAGCAAAAGAUGUUUUAUGAUAGAGAAGAAUAAAUCACUGCUGUGUUUUCUGUGUCCGGAUGCGUGUAGACACAUAUUAGCAGACAGCUGCAUGCAUGAGAUGCUCUCUUUCUUCUUCCUCUGACAGAAAAAUCUUCAGAGGGGGAACAAAGCUGGUUUCAGUCCUGAGCGCAGAGAUCUGUUUUCCUUUGUGGGGAUUUUGAAUUCAUCACUUGCCUUUCAUUAAAUGCGCUGAGGGUUGUUCUCUCUAUCACAGCAUUGAAAUUAUUAUCUGUGCUGAUACACUGACAGAGCAUUUCAUCCAUGGAAAAGGGCACAGGGUUUGAUUUCUAUUCCUGUGUUGGCUCAGUCUAAGCCCCCUAACUCUCCAACACAAUAACUUGACUGCACCGUGGAUCUCAUUCUCUGGUAUACUGCUUUUAAUUUAAAACUUGGAUUACAAUUAUCCAGGGACAACAGUGAAGCUGAAGUUUUUCUCACAACUUAUGAAAUCAUACAGAGUCAAUUACAUGGUUGGAGUAAAGAUAUUAAUUUCAUUAGCCAUGUACCUGCAUGAUAUUCAAUUUAACAUUCAUUCAUUUAAACCUUUAUUAGACUUCAUUUAAGUUUCAAUAAUGUGACGAUAUAAGGAAGUCCACAUCUGAAUCAAACUAAGAGAAGGUAAACUUCUUAAAAAUUUCCCCAUAAAUAAAUAAAGAACGCUUGAAUGAUUUACUAGAGCCAAAGGAUAAAUAAAGUAAAGUUUAUUUCUUAAGUCUGACUGAUCACAGAUUUACUGAUGCUUUAAACUCCAUCAUUCUCAGUUUUUCCGUUUAUUUAAAUGACGUCUAGCAGUUCUUUGUAGUAUCUUGAUUUGUAAAACAAAUUAACACAGCUAAAUAAAUGUACUUAAAUUGUCUUUUAGAUUAAAUAGUCAAAUAAAUACUCCACACUUUCACCUGUGGAGUAUUUAUUUGUAUUUACCUUCACCUCCACAGCUUUAAUGUUACUAUUUGAGUUGUUUAUAGUGUAAAUACUUCUAUAUUAUCUCUAUAUUUUUACUUAUUAUUUAUCUCCUCUUUUUACUGUAUUUGAACUGAACUACUGUGACAAAAGCAAUUUCCCCUUGAGGAUUUUUAAAGUAUUUCUGAUUUUGAAUGAUAUGAUACUAUUGUUUCACAAAUAAGAGACAGCUUCUGUGAAAUACAGAACACACAAUAUUAGCUGGCGCAGCCAUAGAGACAUCACUGGCCUAGCAGUCGAUGCAUGUGCCCCACAUACAGACCCAAGAGGUCGUCCCGGUUGUGCCUCCAGCACUCCCUGCUCUCUCCACCUGCUCUGCUCACUGUCACGUCCUCUCCAAAUUAAGGCAAAAAUGCCCAAACACCAGACUCUAACACAACAAAACUAUAGCUAAGAUUUUAUACGUUGGAUUAUAUGUAUUUUGUGAAGGUUUGGAAGAUGUAGAUCUUUGUGUAAAUAUAAUACAAAGGCAUGUGGUUAUAGAUAAGUCACUCUAAAAAUGAUUUGUUAGAAAUAAUAUGGCAUAAAUUAGGAGUAUAAAUUAAUUAGUCAAUGUGACAGGGAUCAACAGAUACAGUAUCGCCCCAUUCAUCUAGACUACAGAGUGGAAUUGGCUGACAGAGUCUAUUAUCUUCAGAGGCCUCCAGAUGUGAUCGGCUGCUGUGCUGUAAAGAAUCCUGGGUGGGAUUUCCUGAUUGAAGUCUUUAUGUGCUCCACUGAGCUUAAACCUCUAUUCACAUGAUAUUAAAUCCGAGACUGUUGGUGAAAAAGCUCUUAGAUUCAGUUUGAAACUCAAGCGACACUCAAAAGGACCAAUAGUACGCACAGUGAAAUCCAAGAACAGUGUGCUUCGUUUCGGAAAGGACUGAAGUUGGUCUUGAAGUAAACUUUGAGUAACUGUCGCGCUUUUUCACUCAAAAUGGGAGGAUCGAAAACAGUCUCAGUUUGCAGAAUAAUAACUGUGUCACUAAUGGAAAGUUGAAGAUAUUUGGAAACUUUUUUUUAAAGAAUUAUACACAAAACUACAUAUUUCUAACCACUUUAACCAAGCCUAAAACCAUGCGCAUCUUAACAACUUACAAUAAUACAUCAAAGUAAUGUGUCUUGGCUAAAAAACAUAAAUCAAAAUGAUCUCAAGAGCGAAUUGAUUCCCAUCAAAGAGCUCCAAGUCUUCGCUCGCUCAGAGUCGAAAAGAAUAGUCAUGUUUUACCCUGCAGACAUGUCUGUUUGCAUGCCACAUAUCCUUGGCUCUAUUUUGGGCCUGAGGAGAAGAAGCGUGGGAGGGGAGGCAGGGGGGGGAACUGAAGGCCAUUUCCAACUGGGACUACAGGGACUGACUGACUGACUAAAGAAAUGUGGAUAGUUGACAUCUAAAUUUGUUUAAUCCAAGAGGGGCCUGUCUUGUGGCUGUUGGAGCGGAUCUCCUCCAGUAUGUUGACACAGAAUCCUGCGUAUUCUUGUGUUAGUUUACAAGCAUCAAAACGCUCAUAUAUUAUAACUUUCUUGUCUUUAAAGAGAUACUAUCAUUCAUUCAAUCAAUGUUAUGAAAUAUAUCCUCUCUGUUGAUAUCUGAUAUUUAUCUUGAGGUGACUGUUGACACAUUCCGAAUAGGGAUAGGGAUCAUUAGUUUUUAUUGGUACUGAUGGCAUUAUCAAGACUUCUAAAUGAUUCAAGUCCUUAUUGAUACAGCUUUUCUAUGAUUGCUUACCUUCAGACUUUUGUAUUAAUGUAGAUUUUUUUUGUGCCAAAAAACAUUUUGUCUUUUUCUGGACCUGGCAUUUGAACGCAUCAUUAUAAUGUUUUAUUUACUUCACGAAUUCUUGUUUUGGCGACCCAACCUUUAACACCACAUGAUAUAAGCGUAUAUUACCUCGGUUAGUUAGUUAGCUAACUUAAGCUAAUUUGCGACAGUCUAUUAAUAUGCAUGCAACACUGAUUUAAUUAACACAACAUGACUCUACUCUAACUAUGAUGAUACUUUCACGAGACUUUCAAGACUUAAUGGCACACUCUAUACGCUCAGACAUGAUUGAUUUAAAAAAAAUACUACGCUCGAUAUGGACCCGGUUAUCGACUCCUAAUAUCCAAGGUGGCAGAUAGUAAGCAGUGUUUCCUGUAUUUGUUUUGAUUUUUGAUACUGUUGACCACACCUUACUUAAAUGUCUAGAUGCUAUUGGGUUUCUGGAGUGGACAUAUACUUGGGUGGUUUGCUAACUAUCUCACUCGAAGAACAUGGGUAGUUCAAGAAGGUAGUGCCUUAGAGAUGCAAAUCCACAAGUGGGUUACUACGAGGAUCAGUCCUGGGCCCACUUCUAUUUACUUUUAGUGGCCUUUCGCUAUAUGGACAUGUCAAGCUUUUCUUUAUAUGUAAAAAAGAAGUAAGUGGAGUUCACAUUUUUGCCUGUUCCUGAUUAUGGUGAUGUGUCGUACAAAGGCAUUCAAGCCACGCCGGCUUGGUCACUGUUAAUCAUAUUUAUGAAGCCAUUCUGGGCAAAAUACUGAAAGUUAUUGUCAUUCUGUUGAAACAUCAUGUUGCUGCCACUCUUGGCGAGGCCUGUCCUGACAAAGAGAUCUCAGAUAUCAAUGGGACUAACCUGGCUAAAUUAAAGGUCAAAUAUAGAUUAAUACGUGUAUUCACAACACUGUCACGCAAUACAGAAGCCUAUAAUGCAAAAAAAAGUUUUAGUAGUUUCUAGAAAACUUAAAUGGAGCUUAUGCAAGUUUUUUGGCUCAACAAUGAAAGAAAAACACAUUUUAGAGAGAAGCUAUUCAGUUGGGAGGAAACUGGUCUGUUUUGAUUACAGCAAUCAUUUAAAUAAGUUGUUUAGAAUUUUGCAAAGUCAUUUGCUAAAAUGUGUUUAAAUAUCUGCUAAUGGUAACUGGGAAUGAGAUGUUUUUCCAAAUUUGCACGAGUAAAUAGAGAGUUUUACAUAAUGUUUUGACAACAUGAUCUUUCAUUGUGGAAUUGAGCCAAAGACUCUUAGAAUAAAAGUUUCAACACAACUCUGGACUCAUAAAAAAUACAUUCAUGUAAGUUACUCGUCUUCUAUUAUGCAUGGCAAGGUGAUCUCGAUUCUCAUUAAACACAUCACGAACUUUAGCACAGCCAUUAAAACGAGCAGAUGAGGUUAGAGAAGAGCAGGGAGAAAAAAAAUAAAUCCAUAAGAUUAUGAUUCCUGUCACAUUGUCCUGGCUCUGCCUCAAGCCUCUGAUUGAGAGUUGGCGAAAUGUCAGCCGAUGGAGAUGAGACCAGAGAGGAGAGAAUCAAAGCUUUCUUUGUCCACUUUAAACCCGGCUACUGAUGUUUUGUGUCUUUAUGUGGCUGCCAUCAGAAAACCAUGUGUCACACCGAUAAAGAGACAGAAAGAGAAAGCAACAAUGAUGAUCAAAUAACGUGAAAGAGACUCAGAAUUUUUGCUUUUCUUUAUUAUAUUCAUGUUUACCUCACAGAGAUUUAUGUAUGAGGUAUGUUUCUUUUUCAAUCAGUCAAGACUGGGUUUGGACAGUAUGUUUAAAUGAUUACGUGCUGUACACAUGCCAAAAGAUUCACACAUUGAUACGUGAUAUUAGGAAUAAAACACACAGUGAGGGACUCAAUUCAAAUAUAGACUUUAAUAUGAGGUUAUAGGGCCAGAUAGAUAAGACUCAAGGAAAGAACCAAAUCAAAUAAAAUAGACAGAUGAAAUACAAUAGAUGAAAUGAUAGCCAAACCAAAAAAUCCAAUAAUAAUUUAUUAUUAGACAAAUAAAUUGAUAGAAAUUAUUUAAAGACUAGACUUAAAUAGUCAAAUUAAUUAAAAAUAUUAGACUUGAGGACGCCUGGGCUGAAAUGAUUAACCACAAUAUAUGAUCAGGCAGAUGAAAUCUCAAUUAGUUAUCAGACUAAAAUGCUUGAAUGUGAUGAAUUAUUCAACAGAAAUAUCAAAGUAGGCAAAUAUAACUGAUCUUUGCCUUCAGUUGUUGAUGAAUUCAAUACUUGCACACCCUCUAGUGUUGAAACUGUGUGUGGUAAUCCCAUCUCUCUAUUCCUGGGACUUUUUCAGUGUUUUUACUGUGAUAUUCCAUCCCAUACCUGAUCCUGAUUGGAAGAACCGUUAGUGGUUUGGAGUUUUGAUCAGAGAGAUGGUUCUUGAUGAGCCAAAUAAUCUGAAUCAGUAAAGAAAGCCUAGAUUCCUAUGGAUAUGAUCCACACUGAGGUUGUUUAACUGAGAAAGAAUAAGGGUCCUGAUCCAGAUCUUACAUGGUAAGAUGGAUCACAAACAACUUGAGCAAGAUCAGAUGGCCUUUGUGGGGACUCUCUCUGUUGCAGCAAGAGAGGGGAAGAGGAGACUCUAAACAGGCUGUAACAUUAUUCAUGUUGACUGCUUUAUUUAGACAGAGUGAACUGAUUAACCGUGAUCAACGCCAAGUUUUAGCUCCACACGGCCUGAUCAAUGAGCUGUUGAUGUGCUUAACAUGCUUUGAUUUCGACAAGCAAAUGAAUUCACCCAAUAGAAUUUUGCUCGUGAAUGAAAUUGGACCCUUAAGUUUGGGAAAAGCUGAUCUAGGCAAACGCUUUCUAUUUUAAAAGUGAAAAAAGUAAAUCCAAAAGUCCUGGACCAGGUGUUAAAUCGAUCUCUUUAUUUCCCCCAUACAUAACCAGAUACUGAUGUCCUACUUCAGUGACCAGGAGUUACUGUUGAUCUUUAACGGCUGCCUCUCACACCUCUAAGAGCAAGCUGGUUGACAAUUACCAAAGGAAAUCUUCUUCUGUUGCUAUAUCUCUAAAAGAGGAAGAGGAUGUUAAUGAAUGCCUUUUGUAUAAACACACAUUUUUCACAGGGCUUAGUACCUGAACAGCAUCUCCACUUUGCAGGGCAUGUUAGCAAAUCAGUUACACCGUUUGUAAGCUUGCGUGCGAUAUCAUUGUGUAGACAGACUCAGUCUCAGGACAUGGCUUCAAACACUCUGCACACUGAAACCAGAAGAGGCAGAAGCAUAUAAUUAAAGAAUCACACAACUACCAUAUAAAUAGAUUAUCAAUAUAUGCACAAAAAAGGAAAUGAGUCACAUAAGGUUGCAGCUUUUUAUAUAAUUCGGAAGUUGAAAGCUGUCUAAACUCACUGAGGGUUAAUAAUAAUCCUGAAGAGGUGAUUUUUCUUUUUUUGUUUCCUUAUUUAAGCUUACCGGACGUCCAUAUUUGGCCACAACCUCAUCAGUCUUUCCUUUUGUAAUCAUUGAAAGGAUUAGGUACUUAGAUUUACUUGUAUUUAUACUACUAGUGUUCAAGUAAUACAACACUACUAUUCACUCCUCUUGAAGAAAGUUCCAAUUAUUUUUAUCCAAAGAGUACAGAAGAGCCAGAAUCUGCCGCCAUGGAAGAGUCUGUUCUCAUAUGGGUCAAGCUAAACAUUGUAGGGUUAUAUUCCUAGUCGUCUUCCUGAACUUCAGAUUGACCUACACACAGCUGCAGGCAGGAAAAGAUAUUUAAGAAAUGUAAGUGAAGUUGAGGAGAGCAAAAACUAAAAUAAAAUGGAAUAAAUUGAAAUGAUCUGUUAGCUGUAAGUGUACAGUACUGAGUGUCAUCUGCCCCUUUGUUUGCCAGCGUGCUAAUAAUUGUUGCAAGUAGAUGUAGAGACAAUGAAGUCAACUGUUCGUUGGUGGACUACUGCUUUAAAACAUUUUUUAGCAUUUUUCUUCAGUUGAAAGUAAACAAAAAUAAUAAAAGUGAAUCAUGUCUGUAUGAAUUUUGCAGCUGGCCUUCCACAUACUCAUUUUUUAUUUGUUUUGUUGUCUAUCUAACACUGUAAAACUGUGAUUAGUUUUUGAGUCAGUUGUUUCAUAAAAUCAUUUGAGGUAUCCACAUUUUUCUCACUAAUCUUUUACUAACUUAUUCCCUCAGGAUGUAUUCAAGUGCCAAUUUUGAACCAUUUUAUACACAGAAAUUUCACUUGAAGUGUGGCAGUCAUCAACAGGAAAAUUACCUGACAAAGACCAGUGGGUUAGGACUUUGUGAUUUUGUGGCAUUGAGUAGCAAGUGUGUAGGUUUACUUUUCUUCCUACCAAGUCCCAGAGUAAGACACCUGCAUAGAACACCAUUGAAACUUAUGGGGGUGUCCAAAGUUUGUGGGCACUGGUCAUAAAAUCAAGUGUUUGACAAACUAAGAAAAAAUCAAUAUCCUUAAUACAUUCAAAUCUCAUUGAAACCAUGUAGGCCGGAGCAGAAUGAGCAUGCCAAUCCAUUCAGUGUAUUUGUGAGCAGUUAUAGGAUAAAUAAACCCUCAAUAGUUGCCAACAAAAGUUUUGAAUAGUUAGCAACAUUAAAAAGCUUCUUGGUGUACCUGGAGGGAUUGAUGUACAUCAUCUGCAUACAGAAUCAAUCUGUACCAAAUCUCACAACAGUCUGCUCUUGGAUGUUCGAAUAAAAACCAAAAUCAUCAGAAACUUGUUAGAAUCAGUUCAAUUCAUCGUCUUUGGACCUUGAAUGUGUAUAGAAAAAGACACAGCAAUCCAUCUUGUAGUUUUCGAGACAUCUUUGGUAUCUCUUGGAUGGAAAUUAAAACAUGAAUAGAAAUAAUGUGGCAAAGCUUAGGGUCAAAUACUAGGUACAUAAAAUGAUUCAGUGAAGGGGUUUAAAAUGGAAACAAGAUUACGGGUCUCAAAGAUACGGCAGCCUACCUAUGAGUAAACCUUGAGUCACUUUUUUCCAGAUAGGCUCGGAAGUACCAUGACAAAUGUACUCUUUUUUUUUCUGGGAGCAUUUCAACACAGUUCUUCACACUGAUAAUCAUUGACACAAUUCAAAUGGUCUUAUUAUUGUUGGAAGGAUCUCCACUUCACACAUUAACUCAAGAGGACAUCCUUUUGAGUUAGGCAAUCCCAGGAGGAGGAGGGAGCCAAAAGCUUUAAAAGAGAUCAUAAAAACUCAGAUCUACCGCAGUAAGCACCCACAAAACUAGAAUAUCAUAUCAUCGGUUAAAGAAAAUCGGUAGCUUGCUUCUUUAAGGUGAAUUUAUCUUCAUUUUGGCCAAGAUGUUUGUGGAUGAGCGGGUCCUUACUUUGUUUAAAAGGAACGCCCAUCACACACUGACCUACUGGAGCGUUUUCUUCAGCUUCGGACUCUGCAUCGCUUUCCUUGGACCUACAAUUUGCGACUUGCAAAGUCAAACAAACUCAACGAUCGAUCAGAUAACCUGGGUGUUCUUCUCCCAGCAGUUCUGCUUGUUGAUCGGCAGCUCUAUCGGUGGAGUUUUCAAAAGGACGUAAGUCUCACGACCCACCUGACCUAUUCAGCGCCAUGCAUAUUUAAGAAUGUUUUACCAUUAUUGUGAUUUUUUUUCUGUCUUAAAGGUUGCUCAGUGCUUUGUCCGCCUUAUUUGUCUCUGCCUUGAUCAUCUCUGUAAUAUUUGCCAUCAUCCCGCUGUGCAAUAAUGUCCUCCUGCUUGCCGUUGCCAUGGCUGUGUCUGGGUUGGCAAUGGGAAUUAUUGACACGAUUGCCAACAUCCAGCUGGUGACCAUUUAUCAGAAGGACUCAGCUGUCUUCUUACAGGUGAAAAAAAGCAUUUUGUGCAUCUAGAGAGUGCUUGAAGGGUGCUUGAGAGGUGUUAAAAGUGUUUUUUUAUGAAAUGUAUUUUAGAAUAACUCAGUAACGGCCUUAUUCAUGGGCCUUUAAAAAAAGUAAAACCACAGUAAUUUAUUUCUCUGGCCUUUUUAUUCUUCUCUUUUUGCAGGCUCUUCAUUUUUUCAUUGGCUUCGGAGCCCUGGUGAGCCCUCUGAUUGCAGAUCCUUUCCUCUCAGAGGGCGGCUGCGGGAACAGCACAGGGAACGGGAGCCAGAUCAUGCAUCAUGUCAGGUUCAUGCUGAGACACACUCCAAUCCUGGAGCCCAACAUAACUCAAAGCCACCCAGUCCAUGCAGGAGAGGAAGAGGAGUCCAGUGUGCACUAUGCUUUCUGGAUCAUGGCGCUUAUUAAUGUGAGAAACAAAGCGAUUCAGCUGAAGAGCAAAAGUAGGGGUUGCAUAUCUUGUUUUUUACAAAUCUUGGUGUCAUGCGUGCGCCCGUAGAUUCCUGUGCCUUUGGCCGUCCUGUUCCUGAUGUACCGAGAGCAGCUGAUCCCGUGCUGCCCAAGCGGUACUCCUCGACUGCUGGACAAAGAUGAACUGGCAAUGGAGCACCAGCAGGGGGCAGAAAGCACAGAGGAGGAGCAGAAAGAGCAUGAAGCAGGAGGUAAAGAAAAGGGAGAGAGUUCUAAUAAUAAUGAUAAAUUUUAUUUAUAACGCGCUUCUACAGGUGCUCAAAGAAGCCUUACAAAGAAAAAGAAGAAAUAAAAUAAAAAAACACAAUUAAAAAUACAGAAAAUUUAGAGAAUCGUUAAUAAUAACGAUGUAAAAGGUUAAAAAAGACACAAUAUGAGAAGACAAUAAAAGAACAGUUCACAGUUUAAAAGCCAAUUAAAAAGGUGUGUCUUUAGGAGUGAUUUAAAAGUGUGGGGGUCAGUACAGUCUUGGGGAAACAAGUUAGGAAACACUCAAUUUAGAUGGAUAAUGCACACUUACUUCAGAGGAGUUGUGGUUUGGUUAAUGAGGAUAAUAUGUUACAUAUAAAAAGUGUUAAACAUAUAAUUUAAUCAGGAUUUAAAGAGGUCACAGCAGUGGACAAUGUAUCAGCAACUAUAGCAGGCAGUCUCUGUUUUAAGAUCCUAUCUAAAAACAGUAGAAGCAGUGAGUCAGUGUUUUUAUUAACAUCACCAUGACGAUGUUUUCACACCACUUUUACAGGUGGAUACAGUAUUGAUGAGAAAUAAAGUGUUGGUGUUGUUGGAGUCUUAUCUAGUUUCACAACCUCAUUUUUGUCUUUUUGGGUGUGUCUCAGGUCACGGGGAUAUCUUCAGCUGCUGUCGGAAUGAUAACCUGCGCGGGCUGCCGGUAUCCUUCUUUAUGAUCCAUAUCCUUGGCGGGCUGGUGCUCUUCAUGACCGAUGGUAUUGUGGUAAGAGGGAGUGCAUUGCUUAUUCCACAUUAAAUUUUAUGGAUGCAGAGAAAAGCUGCUCCACAAUAAACACAAAGAAGAUCUCAGUGAAGAAUCUGCCUCCUCCUCCUCCUCCUUCUUCUCCUCUCAGGGUGCAUAUGCUGGUUUUGUGUACUACUACGGAGUCGCCCCGCCUAUGUCUCUGCCCCCUAAGACCGCAGGUUACCUGGCCAGCAUCUUUUGGGCUGCGAUCACCGCCGGACGUCUGUUGUCUAUUCCUCUCUCGUAUCGCUUCCAGCCUGUGAGGCUGCUCAUGUUCAACCUGGUGAGACCAAUAAAACAUUUAUAGUGCCAUCACAUUAUGGAAGAGACAUAUUGAUCACGCUCUCUCUCCUUGGUUUUUACAGGCGGGGGCUAUUGUUACUGUGUUGAUGCUGCUUAUUUUCUACACCAGCAGCACCUUUCUGUUUGUGGGGACCUGUUUAUGCGGGCUUUUCCUCAGCAGCAUAUUCCCCUGUAUGCUCGCCUACACCGAAGACAUCCUUGAUUAUCAGGGUAUAAUAAAGUGUUAUAGCGUGGUGUAAAAAAAAUAAAAUAAAACAAAGCAAGGAGAGGAAAUAAAACUUACUUUUAUUUUCUUUUCUUUGUGCAGGAUGUGCAACAUCAGUCCUGGUGACAAGUGCAGGGAUGGGAGAGAUGGUAAUGCAGGUUCUGGUCGGCUCAGUAAGUCUGAUGAGCAUCUUCAUUAUUCUACAGAACCAGAGUGUGCAGAAGCUGAGAAACAGGCUUAUGAAUGCAAAAACUUGCCCAGCAGAGAUUUACAGUCAUGUUCAGAAGUUUAAUGCAGCUAUCUCAUCCCCAGAUUAUCCACACUGAAGGCAGUUACAGCUUCCUGCUGUGCGGGAUGGUAAUAGCCUGCCUCGGUUUUAUCGUCUUCAUUGGUCUCAUGCUGUUCCACCGAAUGCACAGAAAUUACCUCACAGGUAUAGCAUCAGUCAGCGAACACACGCUCUGAUGGAACGUGUUUGUUUUUAUUCAUUACUAAACCUCGCUGACUCUUAUCAUCCUCCGUAUCCCAACAGGAACCAAGAAGAAGUCGGCCAUGGUGGAAGAACCAGCGGGGGAGCAGGAUGGGUCGGCUAAAACAGAGCAGAAAGAGAACAGCUGAGGGGGGCAGAAGCUGUGAUUUUCUCCUUUACUGGCAACUAUAAAGGAGAAGGUAUCACAGCAGUUUGACUCCAGAGCCUUACAAAUGAAUAUUAUGCUGAUAUACUUUUGUUGUACUUGAAGUAACAUGGUUUUUGCGCUUGCGUAGAUGUUGCGCUAAAGUAAAAAGUUACAGUUUUUAUUUUAAUCAUAAACGUUAGAUUUCAGUUCUGUUUUAUGUGGCACCAGAUUUCAAACUUACAAGACGAGAUUUAAAAUUACCUGUAAAAUACGAGAAAGUUUGUUUGUUUAGGUUUAAAGUGAAAUCUUGACAUUUUUACUUGCUUUCGCUUUUUUUUUGCAUUCCCAUGAGUCUACAUAAUACAUGCAAUGAAAUAAUAAUCUUUAAUUUAGAAAUUGCAUUCAAAAUUAAAAGCUAAGAAAAGUAUGAAUGUGAACAAUACAUCUGUAACAAUUCAAACCUGUGUAUUCUUUCCCUGGGGUUUAGCGUUGUUAAACAUCCAAUGUGGAAGGAAGGACUUUGUACUCAAGGAAAUCGUACCUACAAAACCUAAAACAAAUGUAAAACAGUCACCCAGUCACUGAACAGUUAACCAGUCAAUCUAUAACUCCAGCUGUGGGACUGUUGCGACAACAGCGGGAGCUCGCAGAGCUGAAAGUGGGUCUUUCGGUUAUAAAACAGAACUGGUUCUUGUUAAUGGGUCAGACAUGCGCUGGUGGCAAAAAACUCUCAACUCAAGUUUCCAAAUCAACACUCAGUCUCUCAGCUUAGGAUCCCCUGCUGUCUCUGCAUUUCUUUUUCACAUAGACCUGGAACACAAGAUUUAUUAACAUGCAUGACUGUGGAGCUAGAGAGCUUUUAACCUACUUUUUACUCGACAGGGUCUUGUUCACUCCGUCUGGAGUACAAAACCACUCACUUACUGUACAUUAUCACCUAAAUAUUAGCCUGCUUAUUAAUUAAAAUUCACAUCAAAAUGUAAUUUCCCAUUAGUCCAUUAAAUGAUGAAACAUUGCCAAUCUUGCUAGACAGCACCAGAGUUACAAGUUGGUCAAACACAUUGUUCAUAUUUCUAUUUCUGCAGACCCAAAAUGAUCCAGAUUAUCCUCAAUUUAUGUUGAAGGCAACAUUCCUGUCCUAGUUAGGGUGAGUGACACACUUUCAAACAUUUGAUAUGAAGUGUGUGAUCUGGUCAAGUCUCGACCAAUCAGAAACAAGUGUUGGACCAGUAUUUAGCCUGGUACUGGCGACCUUUUCUUGAUCACUUAGAGGACAGGGUUGAGACUCGGACUGUGAUGUUGCUGUGUACAUGACUGAAAACAUCACAUACGGCGCUUCAAUGGCCCACUGACCAAGUCUGGGACUCCGAUAAGCAGAAUCAAUGGUGUCCUUUGCAGCAGGAGCAGCAGCAGACAUCAGACGACGCGCCUUGUCGCUCUGCUCAGCCUCAUUCUCAAAGGCAGCUCUCAUCUCCUGUUGAAUGUCAGCAGAUAUAAAAUAUUCAAUAUCGAGUUAACUCCGUGAUUUGUACCUGGGCGAGGUUGCUCUGUAUUCUGUCUUUGAGUCAGCGUGGCACAAAUAAACCCUGGAGAGAUUUGUCUUGUCCAAAACAUUUGAGCCAGAACAGCCAAAUUUACGAUCAGAUAAGAAAUUAAUUAAACCUCGGAGAUUAAAAAGGUGCAAACUUACUCCCAGAUAUGCUCUUAAGAAAAUGGAGUAAAAAUGAUUAUCCUCAGAAGGACCUCCUCUGGUGGCCAGAUACUCAUUCAAUCCCAUUUCUAAAGAGCCUAAUGAGGCUAAAGGAAGUUUAAUUGCUAAAGGAAACAUUUGUGAAAACCUCAUGUGGGAACAGUAAAAAUAAAAGCCUAUGAAAAUUGAAAAUCUUGAUUGUUUUGUGUUCCAAGUCUGCAGGGGGUUGGAAAUGAUCUCACUCUGAGAUCCAAAACUUCAUCCUUCAACAGACAGAAAGAUCUUCAGAGUGUUAUUAUUGCUGAAAAACUUGACAUUUCACCUUUGAGGCUCAGUCAUCUUGAGGUCCUGUGAAGAUUACUCAAAUUAGGCCAAUGACGUACGGAGAACUAGUCCAGGAC